GCACAGGCUGCAGCUAUGUUAUGACUCAAGGAGCUCUUGAGGGCUUAUUAAAACUCGAUUCUUCCAAUUGACCUUCAUUAUACUAACAACCAACAAAUUUCGCAGGAUGACUGUCGCUUCAGGACUUCCCCAACUACUUGUCGUAGGUCUGGGUAACCUUCCAUUUCCCCACACUCGCCAUAGCAUCGGGCACCUCAUAAUUGACGCAUUAGCCGCAAGACUGCAUAUACAUAUGUCCACUGAUAGGACGAUGGGCGGCGUGACUGGACGUUCACAGGUCACACUAGGCGAAACUGCCGUAUCUCUGACACUCCUGAAACCAAAGCCCCUCAUGAAUAUCACUGGUCCAUCAGUAGCAGGAGCUCUCCGCAAGUCUGUGAAAGUCUCAGAUGCAAUGAUCAUUAUCCACGAUUCACUGUCCCAUAAACCGAAGGCUUUGUCUCCAAAAAUAGGUGGUUCUGCCAAUGGGCACAAUGGUGUCCGUAGUAUCAUAUCUGCACUCGGAGGCGAAACCCUUUUUCAUCGAUUUCGCAUUGGCAUUGGUAGAGGUCCUGGUGAUGCAGCGGAAUAUGUUCUGUCGAAACUUCCGGAGGAAGAGAAAUUAUAUUGGAAUGGCGAUGGCAUAGGCCUUGACCUCAUUUGUAACGAACUCGAGCGCAUAGCCCGCAAACAGCUUGGGAGCCAAGGCUUACCGUGACUUCCACUCGGACAAGUAUGUAGUAUUUGCCACGAUGCGUGGCAAACCGCAUCUCGAUCCUCGGGUGUGACGGCUUCAUCUCGAGUUUAUCUCCGUUCAACACCGACAGUCUCGACUUGAACGCGCCCUCGUAGCAGACUGAUGCUUGUACUUUCAGGCUCAUUCAUAUGUAUAUCACGUAUUCUGCGCGGCGUGGCCAUGGCGAUGAAUCUCAUGCAUUCAAAACUACAUCACGGGUAUACUUAAACCUCACCCACCAACUUACACGCGAUUAUGUCCGACAGUGUUCGGGUCAUUAAAUGAAUGCAUAUAAAAUUUUCGCAAGAUCUACAUAAGC